CAAUAGGUUCAUAUUUGUAUUACCUAAACUUAUUUUUCUUCGCAUUGUUCGUCUAGACAGUUACGUUUUUUUUUCACGUUUAAUCUAAUUUUCACAUCGCGUCGGCAUGUUUAUCGAAUCAUUGAAGCUAUCGGUAUUGCGAUGUUUGUGCCAUUCGUGCCAAAAACCGCAGUAUUAUUCGCCCUCAGGUAGUUAUCACGUGCUGAAAAAACCAAAAUGUAAACCUAAAAAAAUUCCCAAAAAAGUUAUGCUUCUCGCUACGGAAAUUCGAUGCACUGAAGAAGCGAAAGGAGGUUUGAAGUAUGACGUUAUCCUGGCUGAAGCCGCCACAGAUCCGCCUCAGAAACGGCCAUCGUCGCCGAUUAAAAAUGUAUCCGAAGACGACAUUUUUGAAAAAUUAAAAGCCGCCGAAGAAAGACGUCUGAGCGUCGAAGCCUCGAAGCGAUCAUCGUUGAGUUUACGUUUCGAAAAAUUAGAAUUAUCGUUGAAGAAGAAAGGCGAAGAAGAGUUGGAAAGGACGAAACAACAAAAAGAAAAACUCGAUAAGAAAUUGGAGAUUCAUAACGAAAAACGCGAAGCGUAUUUGAAUGAAAUUAAAUCCAAAUUGAAAGAUCAUCUGAACGCUGUAGAAUCUGCUCGCUUAUCGCUUGAAAAUCAAGAACAAAAAACAAGGGAACAAAUGUCUCAGAAAUUGAAGGCAGCUGCUGAUCAACGUCAAGAAAACAUUUCUAUAAUGUUAGAUCGUCUUAAAAAGCACGAUGAACACGGUAAAAUGUUGCGUAAAUCUAUCGAAACGAAGAAAGAAGAAUUGAUGAAUCAAGUUGAACAAAAAGUCACCGCUGCUGGCAUAAGACACGAAAAAGUCGUUAUCGAAAGGAAAUUAAAAUUGAAGGAACACGAUCAAAAAGUGGAACAGGUUCGCCAGAAGAAAUGCAAAUCUCCGAGCGAAAACGAUAAAAGUAUCGUCGAUUGAAUUUAGAAUGAUAAAAUCAUUCGUACCACGCUUUCCGCCGAUUAAAUUUCAUAAUUAUAAAUGUUUGCUUUAUUUUGUAUUUUUUAUUAACAGUCAUUUAAGUGUAAUCAUGAUUCGAAUGACUUGAAAAUUGAUUUUUUUCCGUCAAUUUUUGAUUAUUUAAUUUUUAUUUUUUUUUAGAUGUAAGUACUUAAUAUGAAUUAUUUUUAAAGGCCGAGUUUAUAAAACAACUGUAUUUUUAAAUUUUAUUAUAUUACUAACGUUUAAUUUUUGAAAAAUAAUUUGAUUUCGCUGUGUUUUUGCACUGAUGUCGCUUGAAAAAAUUUAUUUGAAGCCAUAUUGUAAUAAAGUCUCGUAAAUUAUCUGUUGAA